UCCAAUUAGUUAUUAUAACAACAUGAGAGCAACACAACUUUUUUUCCCUCAGAUAUAUUGUAAAACUUUCAUAAGUAGUGAAUGUAAAACUUUCAUAAGUAGUGACUUUUAAACAAAAAUAUAUGUAUAAAAACCCGACACAACAUCACUUUUGUAAUAACAUUGAUUGUACAGAUGCAACAUUUUAAACAUUUGUAACAUUUGUUAGUAAGCGGAAAUACAUGUAGGGCCAACGCUACGAUUUCCACGGGUUGAUCACGUGAUGAAUGAAGCGCAGUCAUAAAGCACGUCACAAUUACAUAUUGUGACGUCAUAAAAAUCGAGAUCGACUGUCGUGAAGGCCGUGUUUUGACUGAAGAAAAGAGAUGGAAAAUCAAAAACCGUAUUUCUGUUCAUUGACGGAAGGGGAAAAAAGAGAGAUUCAAAAAAUCGGACCUUUGGGGCGAAUGAUGAAAACUCUGGAAAUGAUUAAAGAGAUGAAAGCUGUCGGCGGGAAGUUCUUUGACUCUGUCGACACAGCAGCUACUCACGCUUCCAUCAUCCUCCAGUACCAGGAAAUGAAGAAAUUUCUGGAAACAAUGCAGAAGAUUGAAAUAGACACCUUCAUUCCUCGGAAAUUGUUUCUCUUCAACGUCUUGGAAAUGAAACUAGAUGGAAUGACGAAAACUAUUACAUGUAGCAAUGACACUGCAAACAAGUCCCGUCCUACUCGGAGCUGUCCCCCACGGUUUUCUUUCAUCAGUACCUCUGGACGUACACCGGAUAUAGAUUACUAUGAGAUUUUCGAACCCAGGAAAACUUGGAGACAGAAAAUCCUGAGAUUUUUCAGACGCUGAAAGAUGAGAAUUUUGUGUUGAUGACAGUGUGAACAAUUUACUUUAUUUUUAAAAUAUCUAAUGAAUCCGUGCCAAAACUUACUACAAACAUGAUGUUGUGUGGCAAGGAUAUUUACUUUCUCCUCGCUUUUGGAUGAUGAUGAUGAUGAUGAUGAUGAUGAUGACUGUUCUGGUCGGAGCCCCACGUCUUUUCCCGAUUCGAAAAUUUCCAAAAACGAUAAACUAAUACCAAUUAUUAAACGCGCAGACAUGCACUCU